AUGAUGCGGGUAUCCGUUAUCUUUACUUCCGCCAUCAUCCUCGUCACAGCCAAUGCCAACCCCAUGCGGCGUGAUGACCCCCAUAUCCUCAACUUCCGCAUUUGGAGCGAAAAAAGUUGCGGAGCCAACGGUCAAAACACGGGAAACCUCGGCGUCUGGACUAUUAACAAAUCUCAAACUGGCCAAUGCCAACCAACAUUCAAUGCUCCUCAAACAAGCCCAGUCAGAGGUAUCGUGCUCGAUGGCAAAUACCUGGCUCCGGGAUGUCACUUGACUGCAUACACAAUUGAAGGAUGCGAGGGGACAGGACAGGAGGUACUCCCUCAAGCUUGUUCCGCGCCGCCCACGAGCGAAUCGAGCUGGUUGAGCUUCUCAGUCCAAUGCGACACGGUUUAA